AUGGCAAACAGUAAGGACGAGGUGGUGGCAAACUGCAUUCGCUGCCUUGCGGCGGACAUGGUGCAGAACGCUAAGAGCGGGCACCCCGGGACCCCGAUGGGUAUGGCGCCCAUCUCGCACAUUCUGUGGUCCGAGGUGCUCAAAUAUGACAGCAAAGACCCGUCGUGGGCCGACCGUGACCGCUUCGUGUUGUCGAACGGGCACGGCUGUGUUCUGCAGUACGCAAUGCUGCACCUCACUGGCUACAACCUUCCCUUGGACGAGCUGAAGAAGUUCCGGCAACUCGACUCCUGCGUCCCCGGCCACCCCGAGCGUGGCAUGACGCCCGGCAUCGAGGUGACGACUGGUCCGCUCGGUCAAGGCAUCGGCCAGGGCGUUGGUCUCGCCAUCGCGGAGGCGCAGUUGGCCGCCACAUACAACCGCCCAGGACACAACAUCAUUGACCACUGGACGUACGUCUUCUGCGGCGAUGGCUGCCUGAUGGAGGGCGUCGCGCAGGAGUCGCUGUCGCUCGCCGGUCACCUCGGACUGGAGAAGUUUGUGCUGGUGUAUGACUCUAACCACAUCAGUAUUGACGGCAGCACCAACCUUGCCUUCACGGAGAAGUCGAAGCAAAAAUACGAAGCACUCGGGUUCCACAUCAUUAUGGUCGACAACGGCGACAACGACUACGCUGCGAUGCGCAAGGCCUUCACGGAGUGCAAGGCGGUGAAGGGGCAGCCAAAGAUCAUUGUGCUCAACACGACUAUUGGCUACGGUUCACUUGCAGCUGGUAGCGAAAAGGUCCACGGCGCCCCUCUCGGCGACGACGAUAUUCAGCAGAUGAAGCAGCGCUUCGGUCGUGAUCCCGCGAAGAAGUUCGAUGUGGAGCAGGAGGUGUACGACGUCUUCAAGCACCGUGUCGCUGCUUGCCAAAAGACUCACGAGGCGUGGAACGCGGCUAUGAAGAAGUACGCCACGGAGUUCCCCAAGGAGCACGCAGCCCUGGAGGCGCAGCUCAAGGGCGAGCUCCCGAGCGGCUGGAAAUCGCGUCUGCCUCUUAACGACAAGUCCGUCGCGACGCGCAAGGCGAGUGAAAACACCCUUGCGGCGCUUCUGCCCGCUAUCCCGGGGCUCGUUGGUGGUUCCGCGGACCUCACACCAAGCAAUCUCACACGCCCGGGUUCAGCGGCGCUGACGGACUUCCAAAAGGACACCCCACAGGGCCGCUACCUCCGCUUUGGCGUGCGUGAGCAUGCCAUGUGCUCCCUCAUGAACGGAAUGCAUGCACACGGCGGCUUUAUUCCCUUCGGUGGGACAUUCCUGAACUUCGUCGGCUACGCACUGGGGGCCGUUCGUCUCUCUGCACUGUGUCACCACCAAGUGCUGUUGGUGGCGACGCAUGAUAGCAUUGGUCUCGGUGAAGAUGGCCCGACGCACCAGCCAGUGGAGCUGGUGGCGGCCCUGCGUGCGAUGCCGAAUCUGCUGGUGUUCCGCCCGAGUGACCAGACGGAGACAAGUGGUGCGUGGGCACUGGCGCUCGAGAACAAAACAGGCCCCUCAGUUUUCUGCCUGAGCCGUCAGAACACGGUGCCGCAGCCGACCUCUUCAAUGGAUGGAGUCGCAAAGGGCGCAUACGUGCUGCAGCCCGCCGACAAGCCGCAACUUAUCAUUGCCGCGAGCGGCUCAGAGGUGUCGCUCGCUGUUGACACUGCGGAGGCGCUCGCCUCGGAGUUGCGCGUGGCGGUUGUGUCGAUGCCAUGCCAGGAGCUUUUCGACCGGCAGCCGCUCGAGUACCAGCAGUCCGUGUUCCCUGACGGCGUCCCAGUGCUCUCCAUUGAGCCGUACGUCAACUACGGCUGGGAAAAAUACUCGCACUAUCAUAUUGGCAUGACAGGCUUCGGUGCCUCUGCGCCAGCAGAAGAGCUCUACAAGCGUUUCAAUAUCACUGCGGAGCACGCUGCCGCAAUGGGCCGCAAACUGGCCGCCAGGUUUGCCAACGGCACUGCGCCCCUGAAGCGCGUCUGCCUGUAA